UACAGUAUGUCGCAAAUAAAGAUGUCCGACGAUAUGAUGAUCGAAGGAGCUGAAGACUUGAUCAGCAAUUUACCAGAUGCGAUCCUCCAACACAUACUCAGCUUUGUUCCGACCAAAGUAGCCAUCAGUACUUCCCUCUUGUCUAGACGAUGGAGGCAUGUAUGGUGCAAGGUACCUUCUAUCUCCUUAGUCGUGGAUACACGGACUAUAGCUUCGGUAAACCAAACCCUAACUCGCUACACUGCUCUCAAGAUGAAGAGUUUUCACCUCACAGUAGAAUACGUAAUGGAGAGCAUGCAAUACACCGACAGGUUGAUCAAGUUCGCCAUGUCACACAACGUUGAGAAUCUGUCCCUGGAUUUCCAUUGUCAUUAUUAUGAAUAUAAGCUUCCUGAUUUUUUCUACAGCUCUCCUUCUAUCAAGAAACUCAACGUUAUUUUAAACUCUUGCCGUACGAUUGUUCCCGAGUGCAACGUGUCUUGGACAUCCUUGCAGAAGUUAUCACUGACUUGUGGUAGUCUCUCUGAUGAAUCCAUGGCUAAGAUUCUAUCCGGUUGUCCCAUCCUUGAGAAGCUGUCCCUGAAUUUCCCUCGUCCUCGUUAUCGUGAUUAUUAUGACUACUAUAAGCUUCCUGAUUUCUUCUACAGCUCUUCUUCUUCUUCUUUCAAACAACUUAACAUUACCUUAAAUCGUUACCAUACGAUUGUUGUUCCCGAGUGCAAUGUGUCAUGGACAUCCUUGCAGAAGUUAUCAUUGACUUGUUGUAGUAGUCUCUCUGAUGAAUCCAUGGCUAAGAUUCUAUCCGGUUGUCCGGUUCUCGAACACUUAACAUUGUCUCACUGCGGUGAACUAAAUGUUCUUGAUCUCAGCGAAUCUCUACGUCUGAGAAAAUUAGAAGUAAUACGUAAAAUGACGUCAGUUAAGGCCGCAAGACAGAUUGUGGCACCACACAUCCAUUAUCUCAAAUUGUAUGACCCUCAUUUAUCAUUUACUUUGGUUGAUGUCGCUUCUUUAACCGAAGCUAGGCUGGAAACUUCUUGUGUCUCAUUGAACUCUGACUCCAACGCUGAUUUUCUCCAAGUUAUGGUGUUAAAGAUGCUAGAUAAGUUAAAGAACGCAGAGACGCUUAAGCUUGGGAGAAACUUUAUUCAGAUUUUAUCUCUUGCUGAGAUUCGUGGUGUUCCUUUCCCGAUGCUCAAGGUCAAAGCAAUGACUCUUGAUACAAAGAUCGGUCCGUAUCUUAUUCCUGGCAUAGAAAGACUGUUACAAAACUCUCCUGAUUUAGAGAACCUAACAGUACGUGGAAGGUCUCGCUUCCACAUACCGGUGAAGUUUCUUGACAAAUACUUUAAAUCAAUAGAUGGAGCCUCUUGGAACGAGGACAGUGUGGAUGCAAAAUUAGAGCAUGUGGCUUCAGUAGUGGAACUCAUGCUUAAAAACUGUACAGAGAAAUUAGACAAGAUGGUCGUACUGUUGAAUGAAGGUUACCGUAAGUUUAAAACUGAAGACCUGAUUGCAACACUUUCUCACCACAACAACAAUGUCACCAUUGUGAUCUCUUCGAUGAGGGUUAAAAUCUUUUGAGUGUGUUGUCAUUAUUGAACAUUAAUUUUUGUUUUUAUAUA